AUGCAGAAAGUUUGGAUGUAUGAAGAGUAUGGUUCCAAGGAAGUGCUCAAGCUAGGAGACUUGGCAAUUCCUACUCCCAAACAGUACCAAUUGCUUGUCCAAGUUAAAGCAUCUGCUUUAAAUCCUAUUGAUUUCAAGCUGCGCCAACAACCCAUUGUUCCUAUAGAUUUCCCUGUGAUCCCGGGAUGCGAUAUGGCCGGAGUUGUGGUGGUGAAAGGAGGCGACGUAUCGAGAUUUGACAUCGGAGAUGAGGUGUAUGGGAACAUACAAGAUUUCACUGCAGAAGGGAAGAUGAGGCAGCUUGGGACACUGGCAGAAUUCAUUGUUGUAGAGGAAAAUUUGGUGGCUGCAAAGCCGAAAAACGUUUCGUUUGAGGAAGCAGCAAGCUUGCCUUUGGCAGUUCAAACAGCAGUUGAAGGUUUCAAAAUUGUGGGGUUUAGAGAGGGUCAGACUGUUUUCGUGGUUGGCGGAGCCGGUGGCGUCGGAACACUGGUUGUUCAGCUGGCUAAGCAAAUGUAUGGAGCUUCUGUGGUGGCGGCAACAACUAGUACUUCAAAGGUGGAGUUUGUGAAGAGCUUGGGUGCAGAUAAGGUUGUUGACUACAACAAGACUAGAUAUGAAGAGGUUGAGGAGAAAUAUGAUCUUGUUUAUGACACAAUUGGUAACUUUCUCACCCCAACUUUGCUGAUUAUAGCUAAGGAAACAUCAACCCUUAAAAUCAACGAGUUACAAAUCUAA